CCGGAUGCACGGGUUUGCUAAGGGGCUAGUGCACGGGUUUAACUUCCUUUCACUCCGACAUCUUGACGAGGAGAUAACAUGCCUCCUAAAACCGAUAAGAAGAAGGACGCGGGGAAGUCCAAAAAGGACAAGGAUCCAGCCAACAAGGCAGGAGGCAAGGCCAAGAAGAAGAAGUGGUCCAAGGGAAAAGUGAGGGAUAAGCUCAACAACCUGGUCCUUUUUGACAAGGCCACCUAUGAGAAGCUGUACAAGGAAGUGCCCAACUACAAGCUCAUCACGCCAGCUGUAGUGUCUGAGAGACUCAAGAUCAGAGGCUCUCUGGCCAGGAAUGCCCUCCAGGAACUUCUCGCCAAAGGCAUGAUCAAGCUAGUGUCUAAACACAGAUCUCAGAUCAUCUACACACGCAACACCAAGGGUGGAGAUGAGGCUGUGGUUGAGGAGAAGAAAGAGGCUUAAACAGGUUGUGCUGGUAUGAAACCUGCAAUCAGUUUGUAAUGAAAGGUGAAUAAAAUGUUGGAAAGACA